GAAAUGUUUUUUUUGGAUUGAUAUUAGAACAAGAUAUAAAUUAAAAUUAAAUAAUAAACCAAAACUCUAAGAUCGUGUUUCGAAAGUCAUCCAGAAGGUGCUUAUGGCAUCCUAUGAUCCUAUCAGCGCUCGCGGACACGGGCGCCAAUCACGUUUCGUCGCGUCCCCCGCGAUCAUACGUAGCAGUUUUCCGAACGCAGGUUGCAAUUUCUUUCGAUAGGUUAAGUGACAGCGUUUCUGGGUGAAAGGGCUCAGUGAAAAAUCCUUCGCGGUCGUGAUCGAGGUGACCAUUGAACACCUCACGAGUGGAAAGGUCGACCGCUGAAGGCAUUGAUCGGUCGUCAGCCGGACAAUUCGAGAGACAGCUGGACAACAUUCGGCGUUCGGACCGUGAGAGGCUCGUCGAUUACCCCUCACACCCCGUGUCCCUAACGCCGGCCGGGGAACCAUCUUGCGCGACGUCCGACGUUUUCCCGCGUGCUGCCGCUCGCAGGAAGCCGUGCUUCGCGGAGUGAUAGCAGCGAAUGCAAAUGGCUGUCACGGCCGUGCGUGCGUGCUCGCCCGCCGUUCCCGCGUGUCCGACGUACGAGCGUGCCGCGAAAUUGUCGCGUGCGAUCGAUAUGUGAUGACCGGCGUCGACCCUCGGAUAUCGUCGAGCUGGUGCUGCUUGCGCGUUGCGGCGUAAACGUGUCGUGUCUUAUCGUCGAGCAUUACCGUGGUACGUACGCGUGCACGCGGGAAAUCCGUUCUCGUGACGAAACUUGAGGGAACGAAGAAGUGUGUGCGCGUGUGGGGGAGAGAGAAACGGACACACAGGCAGACAGAAAGAGAAAGACAGUGCACAUGUGUGUGCGCGCACGACCUCCGCGGCGAGCGACUCCCGUCCGGUAGCUGCGUCGAGGCCGAACCGGGAAUUGAUAUCGCGGUGUGCACGGCAAUCCCGCGUGCCAGGAACCGAGGGAGCUCCACGCCAGAUGGUCACCGUACUCGUCUUGCCAGUAAACCGCCCGGUGAUCGCUGUACAUCACAAGCAGGUGUAUCUGCGAAACAAAAAUUAAGAAAGGGAAUAAUUUCAAACGGUGAGAAAAAUGCCUGCGGUCAGUGUCUGCGAUCCUAUCGCAGCCAGGCUCCACUGCACUCUGAACAGUAGUCCAUCUAAGACCACGGACGAUCUGUCACUUGAGUUAAUGAGCAAUGCUUCGCGGAUUAUGCAGACAGAAAUCCGUUAUGAAGAACUGAAAGAUUUCCAGGCAACGAAUCAAGUGCAGGCUAACUGCAACAUUUUCCUUAACUUGUCCUCCUCUGAAAAUCUGGAGGGGAGUAAAGCAAAGGAGAGCACAAGCUACAAAAAGAAGAACGAUGCAAGCAAAGGACCAAUUCUGCCGGAACCAGCUGUCACCCUGUACUCCCCCAAGAAGGUUCAUCUCGGAUGGAAAGGCACUUGUCCAGUUGGAGCUGGCAUGUACAAUGUCGGGAAUACCUGUUAUCUGAACAGCACACUUCAAGCAUUGUUUCAUGUUCCUGCUCUCGUCAAUUGGUUGCUGUCCGAUCCGCAUCAUAAUUCCAAGUGCGAGCAAAAUAUUUUAGAUGGCGGUGGGGAAUGCCUUACGUGCGCAGUAGCCAAGACUCUACAGUUUAGCCAUCAAAAGUCUGGUGGUGCGAUCAAACCAUUUUACAUAUAUAAUAAACUAAAGCUCAUAUGCCGAACUAUGGUGCCUGGACAACAAGAAGAUGCUCACGAAUUUUUACGCUAUUUAUUGGAAGGAAUGGAACGCGCGUAUUUGACUAGGCAUAAAGCGACUAAAUUGGAUAACUACUCUAAGGAGACGACACCUAUUAAUCAAAUAUUUGGUGGCUAUAUACGUACUGAAGUAAAGUGCCUGCAAUGUCAACACGUAUCUACCACGUUUCAACACUUUCAAGACUUGCUUGUGGAUAUACGCAAGGCAAAUACACUGGACGAAGCAUUAAAUAGUUACUUCAGUAGAGAACAAUUGGAUAACAAUGACUAUAAAUGUGAAGCCUGUAAGAGAAGAGUUCCUGCCACCAAGCAGUUCACGCUGGAACGCCCGCCAAAAGUGUUGUGUGUACAGUUAAAACGAUUUAGCUUUUUAGGGGGAAAAAUAUCUAGACACAUUGGUUUCAAACAGACUAUAGAUAUGGGCCAGUAUUUGUGGAGAGAACCGGGCGAAUCUCCUAAGCAACUAACUUAUAAACUUAUGUCGAUGGUGACGCAUAUGGGUCCCUCUGUAAAUUGCGGCCAUUAUACGGCGGUCGCGCAAGUGUCGAGCGGUCAAUAUUAUUCCUUCGAUGACUCUUGCGUUCGUCCAAUAAGCCUUAAUAAUGUAUUAAGUACAAACGCGUACAUAAUGAUUUUUGAGAUGGAAAACUAUAGCCAAAAUCAACAGAACGUGAAAAUAAACGGCACAACUUCCGCGAAAAAUGUACCAACUUCGCUAUCCAAUUCUACGAAUAAAUCUGCAUCCAAAGCCUCAACGUCAGCUGCCGGAUGUUCGGUGAACGGAUCGUCAAGUGGAUUGUCAAACGACGACCUCGGUAAUUCGAAUAAACCAUUCAUCGGUCCACAACUCCCACCACAAAGAAGUAUAGAAUUAAAUCUUCCUUCUGGACAAAAAUCUAAUGACACGGUUAGUACACAAUUGCCACAGAAAUUGCAGGAUAAGUCGCAAUCAAGAUUAGUUCACAAUAAAAGCGAAAAAGUUCUAAAUGGAAACAGUUUGGUGCCGUACGACGGUUCCAGUGAGGAAGAAGAUAAUUAUUCCUCUGGGACAGGGACUUUGAAAAAUCAAACGUCAAAUACAACAUCUCGAAAUAAUAUCACGAACGGUGUGCCAAAAUGCCUUGUUGUAAAAGAUGUACCAAAAACAACUUCCAGUUGUAAAGAGUCGUCGAAAAUUAAUUUCAAGAACAAUACCAAUGGCAUAUCUCCAACGAUGCAAGUUACAAUUGUAGACUGUACAAAAAUGCAAAAUGGAUCUAAUAGCAAUGGUCGAAUAAGUGUGCUAAAACAUCAGAAUGGGAAAAUGGAAACGAAUGGUCACUCGGAACAGCGAGAUAAAGAUAAAGAUAAGGAUAAAUGGCGCCAAACCAUUAGAAUUAAAAAUGUACAGGAAGAAACUGUAUCUACAAAAGCUGCAACUAGCAAUAUUAAAAGCUGGCAAGCUAAGGUUACAACUUCCUUCAGUAGGUCAACUAAUGGAUGGUCAUAUAUUGAUAAUAGGGAGGAUAUUAAAGCAAGUCAAAAUGGUACGACACCGAGUGCCGCGGCUGUGCGAGAUUUUAAUGGCACCAAUCGCUCGGACGCCGUUUCAUACUUACUGAAAAUGUCACAUCGUGGUUACGGUAGUUCCUCGGUAGCAAAUUGGAAUGGCAAUCAAACGCAGCUUGAACACGAUAUCGAUAACGACAGACGAGAGGAACGUAAACGUCAGUUUAACACAGACGACGAGGAAAUAGAUAAAGGUCGAACAAAAAAGGUCAAAAAUCACACAAAUCGUCGAUCAUACGAUGAGAGGUCCAGUACAAGCUACAAUUCAUUCCAAGAGCACCAAAACAAAACCUGGAAUCGAUCAGUUAACGGUUAUCAUCAUAAUUAUCAUCAUCAUAAUCAUCAUCAUCGAAGACAUUAUUAUAAUACUUCUGCACGAUCACGGCACGGGAACAGUUAUAGACCGCCACAUUAUAGAUUUCAUAAUAGAUAUUCAUAGAUAUUGCUCACUUUCAUUGUCAAUGAUAGCGUGAGCGACGAUGGUAAAGAUGAACAGAGAAAGAUUUUAGGAAUUUUAUCUACAAUUCAAAGGGUGGCCCAUUUUAAUAGACUGUGUGAUCAAACACUAAUUGAUUUUCAUUUGUAAAAUAGUUACCUUUUUUUCAAUAGAAUGAAUUGGAAGCAAACUAUUGUAUUUUAACAGUUGAUACGUUCAUUCAAAACUCAUGACGAUUCAUUUAUGGUGAUUCAUUAAAAAAAACAUAAUAUAUGUUCCUGAUGAACUCGUGGGAUAUUUUUUGCCUCUUACAUAAGUUUACAUAUGUAUAUCAUACAAAUCGAUCCCUGGGGGGGAUGAGUAUCACCAAUUAUACCAUUUUGUGUUCAAUUAAUUAAAUUAUAGAAAUUUUUUUCAUCAUGAUAUGUAAACAGCUGACUAGUUUUAAGACACUUUUCAUCGUUAAAUUCUCAUGAGAUCUUUACAAAACAAAUUUAUAUAUGAUGAGGGGUAUAAAUUAAAUCAAUAUAAAUUGAA